CCGACGACGAAGAUGGAAGUCGGGGUCGGCGUCUGGAUCAAGGAGGACGACGAGUGGACCCUGGCGACCGUCCGGUCCAUCGCCAAGGCGUCGAGCUCCGGCCUCACAGCCAUCGACGUCGAGGUCCAGGGCCGCGGCCACCUCGCCAUGGACGUCAACAUUGCCGCGAUUGAAGACGCGACCGACGAGACGAUCAAGCUCGCCAACAACUACGACAUGGACCUCGUCGACGACUUGAUUCGACUGCCGCACUUGCACGAGCCUGGCAUUUGCCAUACGUUGAAGGAGCGCUUCACGAUCAACGAUAUUUAUACCCUCACAGGCGAGAUUCUCUUGGCCGUCAACCCAUUCCAGGAUAUUGGCAUCUACUCGGACAAGCUCAUCCGCAAAUACAUUCGGCACGGCGCGCUCCUCGCGCUCGGCGACGAAGAGUCGACGAUGCCACCGCACGUGUUUGGCAUUGCCGACUCGGCGUACCGGAGCCUCACGGCGCCGCUCACGGGUACCGCGUCCAACCAGAGCAUCCUCGUGUCGGGCGAGUCGGGCGCCGGGAAGACCGAGACGACCAAGUUCAUCAUGAAGUACCUCGCCGCGGUCUCGCAGAACAAGAGCAUGCGCAACAUCAACGUCGGCCAGAACGACGUGAUGAGCCAAGUGCUCUCGUCCAACCCGAUCCUCGAAGCCUUUGGCAACGCCCGGACAAUCCGCAACGACAAUUCGUCCCGCUUUGGCAAGUUUAUCCAGAUGCAGUUUGAUCAUUACGGCGUCCUCAUUGGCGCGUCGAUCCAAGUGUACCUCCUCGAGAGCAUCCGCGUCACGUCCCAGUCGCCCAACGAGCGCAAUUACCACGUGUUUUACGAGCUCCUCGCGGGCGCGUCGGCCGCCGAGAAGGCGCAAUUCGCCCUCGGAAAGCCCAAGGACUUUUACUACCUCAACCAAAGCGACUGCAUCAAGCGCAAGGACGGCGUCGACGACGUCAAGCAGUUUGCGCUGCUCAAGGAGGCCAUGGAGACCAUGCAGUUUGAGGACGAUGCCGUCGCCAGCAUUGUCUUUACGGUCGCGACGGUCUUGCACAUGGGCAACCUCGCCUUCCAGUCCAAGCGAUCGGGCCAUGACGAAGGCUCGAUGCUCUUUGAGGACGACGACCGCGUCACCACGGCCGUGGGCCAAGUCAUGGCGUACCUCGAGGUGGAUCGAGCGUCGCUGGAAGUCGCACUCUGCACACGCAAGAUUACGACCCGCGACGAGACGUACUCGAUCGGCCUCCAGCCCGAGGUCGCGGACCAGAACCGCGACGCGCUCUCGCGGUAUGUGUACGGGAAGCUCUUCAAUUGGCUCGUCAAGCAGAUCAAUGCGACCAUCGACCACGACGAAGACGGCGACCUCGCGGGCUUCAUCGGUGUUCUCGAUAUCUUUGGGUUCGAAGACCUUUUGACCAACUCGUUUGAGCAGCUCUGCAUCAACUACGCCAACGAGACGCUCCAAGAGCAUUUCAACGCGACGGUCCUCGCCCAAGAGCAGCAGCAGUACGAGCGCGAGAAGAUUGCGUGGAGCUUCGUCAACUUUCCGAGCAACCGCCCGUGCCUCGAGCUCCUCGACACCAAGCCCGUCGGCGUCUUCCACAUGCUCGACGAAGAGUGCAUCUUGCCCCAAGGCAACGACCAGAACUUUGCGCGGAAGCUGUAUAAGACCCACGAAGCGUCCAAGUACCUCCGUGCCAACAACACAGAGAAGGCCAACCACAUCUUUGCGAUCCAGCACUAUGCGGGCUGGGUUGCGUACGAGACGUACGGCUUUUGCGAGAAAAAUAAGGACACGCUGCACUCGGAGCUCGCGCUCUUGGUCAAGCACUCGGGCAACGCGUUCUUGCGCACCCUUGUGAAGGACGAGACGCCGGCGCCGACGACGGCCAAGCACAACAAGCAGCGACAAGGCGGCAUUCUAAAGAAGGGCGCGGCCGCCAAGACAAGCGUCGGGACACACUUUCGCACGCAGCUGCGGUCGCUCAUGACGACGAUCCAGAGCACGUCGUGCUCGUACGUGCGCUGCUUGAAGCCCAACGACAAGAACACAAAAGGCCUCUUCAACGCGCAGCGCAUUUGCGACCAGCUCAAGGCCGGCGGCGUCCUCGAAGCGGUCCGCGUCAACCGCGCCGGGUACCCUGUCCGCAUCACGCACGCGCAGUUUAUCAAGCGGUACCGGUCGCUCGGGCCCGGCCACGUGCUCAAGCAAGUGCCCGAGUCGUUUGGGGACGAGGCCACGUCGACGCAGGCCGAGCGCAAGGUCGGCACGGACCUCCUUGUCGACUUUUUGAGCGCGUCGAUUGCAGACGCCAAGUCGAUCCAAGUCGGGUUGACCAAGGUGUUUUUCCGGCGGACGGCGAUCCAGUCGGUCGAAGCGCAGCUCGCCAAGCGCUACGGCGAGUUUGUCGUGCUCAUCCAGAGCACGUGGCGCCGCGUGAUGGCCGAGCGCAUGUACCAACGCGCGCGCGUCGCCGUCUUGCGUCUCCAGUCCAUGUGGCGGCGCUGGCUCGCGUACCGGCGCGUGCGGGAGCUGCGGGAGAAGCUCAAGCAGCUCGAGCGCAUGGAGCGGGCGCGGCGGCGCGUCGACGAGGCCGAGCGUAUCAAGCGUGACGAAGCCGCCGCCGAGGAAGCCAAGCGGCUGGCGCCGCCGCCGCCGUCCGACUCGACCCGGUCGUCGCUCGACAUUCAGUCGGACGACGACGACGGCGACGACGAGGACACGAUCCGUCAAACGACGGGGCGGCAAGGCCCGUACAAGUUUCGGUUUACAAAGGACUACAACCACGGUGUCGACCAAGAUCUGCGAUACCUCCAGCAAGAACCGCGGGUCGUCGAGAAGACGCCAGGCGACACCGUGCUGCACCUCGCGGCCAACUGUUGCAACGAACAAGACGUGUUUACGCUGCUAGAGAACGGCGCGUCCGUGCUGGCCACCAACUCGCUCGGGCGCACGCCACUGCACACGGCAGCGAUGCACCACAACCUCGAAGUCGUCGGGCUGCUCAUCGACUGGGACUCAGACCUCUGCGCGCCGGAUAUCAACGGCAACACGCCGCUGCAUCUCGCGCGGGAUCCGCACAUCACCCGCAUGCUGCUCGAGGCCGGUAGCAACCCCAACAUUGUCAACGACGCGGGACGGACCGUUUUACUGGAAGCCACGGACCGUGGCGACCUCCACGUCGUCCGCGCGCUUCUCAACUACCACUGCGACGUGCUCUACUGCGAGCCCAAACACGGACAGACAGCCCUGCACCUCGCGGUCCGGAAGGGUCAGUACACGAUCAUCAACGAGCUCUGCAAGACCAAGAUGAUCCGGGAACUCAUCACCAAGCAGGACCGGAACGGCAACAACGUGCUGCAUUUUGCGGUCGCAAAAGACCGCAAAAACGGACCGCGCUUGUUGCAGUUCCUCCUCCAACACGGCGCAGUCGCCACGGUCGACACGCCGAACGCUCGGCACCAGACGCCGCUGGUCGUCCACGUCAUGACGACGCGGCAGACGGACCCGACGAUCGCCGAGAUCUUGCUCGAAGCCGGCGCGAGUCCGUCCGUUGCGCUCCUAGAUGGCUCGACGAUGCUCCACGUGGCCGUCGAGCGGGACCUCCUCGACGUGGCGUGCAUGCUCAUCAAGUACGGUGCGCAGCUCAACGCGACGGACAAGGACGGCGUCCGAGUCAUUGAGCUUGCGCAGCGGGACAACGCGCGGCUCAAGAAGCUCAUCAACGCGAUCACGUCGCCGCCGCUCUGGAUGAGCGAGAAGGAGAAGAAGAGCUGCAUGGUGUGUCUCCGGUCGUUCAAGUUUGGCCACCGCCGGCACCACUGCAAGCACUGCGGCCGCGUCUGCUGCACCGAGUGCGCGUCCUUUCAUAUCGAGCUGUACAAGUUCCCGGCCAACUUUCCCGGCCGCGUCACCUCCGGCGGGAAGCCCGUGAUGGACAACCAGCGCGUGUGCCGGACCUGCCACGGCGUCUUCAAGCUCCGAAGCGUCAAGAACGAAGCGAAGAACGGGUUCCUUGCCCGCGUGCUCGGGUACGAGUGGGACGAGGUGACCACCGCCAGCUCGCGGCCGUCCCAAGCCAGCUCGGGGCGCCCGAGCCAGCCGGGCAGCACCGGGCGACCGAGCUCCGGCCGACCGAGCUCGGGCCGACCUAGCUCGGGGCGACCGAGUCAGCAGACGACGGCGUAGAGUAGAUGUAGACACAACCAAGUUAAACCAAAGAAGGCUGUC